ACUAUUAAAUGCUUAACACUUUUGUCGUGAAAACACAUUUGGGGGUUUUAGGGUUUUUGGUGUGAUCAAUUUCAGAGCUUUAACCUUCGACACACUCUUUCUCUCUCCAAUCAAAGAAAGAAGCAAACUAUGACUGCUGAGACUCAAGAGGAGCUCGCCGCUCAGCUCGAAGCUCAAAAGAUCCUCGAGGAGGCUGAUAAGCCUGUGGUUGAGGAUGAAGAUGAUGAUGAGGAUGAGGAAGAUGAUGAUGAUGAUGAUGAUGAUGACAAAGAUGAUGAUGAAGCUGAGGGACAACAUGAUGGAGAUGUAAGUGGUAGAUCAAAGCAAAGCCGGAGUGAAAAGAAGAGUCGGAAAGCAAUGUUGAAGCUUGGAAUGAAACCUAUUCCUGGUGUUAGUCGGGUUACUGUCAAAAAGAGCAAGAAUAUUUUAUUUGUCAUUUCAAAGCUUGAUGUUUUCAAGAGCCCAACAUCAGACACUUAUGUGAUCUUUGGCGAGGCUAAGAUUGAGGACUUGAGCUCACAGCUACAAACACAGGCUGCAGAGCAAUUUAAGGCUCCAGAUCUCAGCCAUGUGAUUUCCAAGCCUGAGACUUCAGCCAUGGCUCAGGAUGAUGAAGAGGUGGAUGAAACUGGAGUGGAGCCAAAGGAUAUUGAAUUGGUGAUGACACAGGCGGGAGUCUCUAGGUCAAAGGCCGUAAAGGCUUUGAAGGCUGCGGAUGGAGACAUAGUUUCUGCCAUCAUGGAGCUUACCAACUGAUAGAAGAAUUCUUACCUGAAUUUGUUAUGUGAUCUAGUGGAUGUUUAUUAUGGUUUUACACUCUUCUUUCGAGUUGAAUUUGUUUUGUUAUUUCCAAAUUUUGCUAGUUUCAUAUUGUGCUUGUUUUCCUUUGUAUUACUAAACAAAUAUGAAAUGCAUCUUUUGGUGAUGAA